AUGGUGAUGAGCUUUAGGGUGUCAGAGCUCCAAGUUCUCCUGGGCUUUGCUGGAAGGAACAAGAGUGGGAGGAAGCACGAGCUGCUCAGCAAGGCCCUGCAGCUGCUGCGCUCGGGCUGCAGCCCGGCCGUCCAGAUGAAGAUCAAGGAGCUCUAUCGAAGGAGGUUCCCCAGGAAGGUCCUCACCCCUUCUGACCUCUCCAUGCUCCACCUCCCAGGGGGACAGCUCCCCUCAGCCACCACCCUGGCCCAGGGCACUGUUUGCCACCUGCCCUAUGAGCCUGGGACCAGCAGCUCCGGGCCGGCCGCGCUGCUGCCGCCGGUGCCGGCGCUGGCACCCAAACGUGAGGGGGACAUCCAGCACCUGUCACCUGCACACCCCGUCCACCCAGAUGUCAAGAUGAAGAGGUUGCCCUUCUAUGAUGUCUACGACGAGCUGAUCAAACCCACCACCUUAGCCUCAACCAGCAGCCAGAGGUUUGAGGAAGCUCAUUUCACCUUUGCCCUCACACCCCAGCAGGUCCAGCAGAUCCUCACCUCCCGGGACAUCCUCCCUGGUGCCAAGUGUGAUUACACGACCCAAGUGCAAUUAAGGUUCUGCCUGUGUGAGACCAGCUGUCCCCAGGAAGAUUACUUCCCUCCUAAUUUAUUUGUCAAGGUCAACGGGAAACUCUGUCCCCUCCCUGGUUACCUGCCCCCCACCAAGAACGGCGCCGAGCCCAAGCGCCCCAGUCGCCCCGUCAACAUCACGGCCCUGGCGCGGCUCUCGGCCACCCACCCCAACAUCAUCGUGGUCAACUGGUCCUCGGAGUUUGGCAGGAACUACUCCCUCUCUGUGUACCUGGUGAAGCAGCUGACCUCGGUGGCUCUGCUGCAGAAGCUGAGAGCCAAGGGCAUCCGCAACCCCGACCACUCCCGAGCCCUCAUCAAAGAAAAGCUCACAGCAGACCCUGACAGUGAGAUUGCCACCACCAGCCUACGUGUUUCCCUCAUGUGUCCACUGGGGAAGAUGAGGCUGGUGGUUCCCUGCAGAGCCAGCACCUGCAGCCACCUCCAGUGCUUCGACGCCGCCCUCUACCUGCAGAUGAACGAGAAGAAACCCACCUGGACCUGCCCCGUGUGUGACAAGAAGGCCCCCUAUGACACCCUCAUCAUUGAUGGGUUGUUCAUGGAAAUCCUGAAUUCCUGCACGGACUGUGAUGAGAUCCAGUUCAUGGAGGAUGGUUCCUGGUGCCCCAUGAAGCCCAGGAAGGAGGGCCCAGAGCUGUGCCCAACCCCUGCCUUUGGGGGCAUCGAGGCCAGUUCCCUUUACAGCGUCAGCCCCGAGGGCAGGAGCUCCUCGGAGGGGAAGAAGAAGGUGGAGGUGAUUGAUCUGACCCUGGACAGCUCGUCGGAUGAGGAGGAGCCACCGCCGGCCAAGAGGCCCUGCCCACCCCCCGGCCCGGCAGCCAAGGGGGCACCAGGGCUGGACCACCAACCCUCCUCCGUGCUCCGCAGCCCCCCGCUGGCAGCUCUGGGCACUGAUUAUCUCUCCAACCUCCCCCUUCCCGACUACCACCCCUCCUACCCGGUGUCCUCCGAGCUCCAAGGUCUGGAUUUGUUUUCCUUCCUUCAAAGUGAAAACCAGCACUACAGCCCCUCGGUCAUCACCUCCCUGGACGAGCAGGACACCCUGGGCCCUUUCUUCCAGUACAGGGGCACAUCCAACCACUUCCUGAACGUCAGCCCCCUGGGCCCCCCCAUGGGGGGGACCCACAGGAUCAGCAGCAUCGUGUCCCCCGGGACCCUGCGCCAGAGCCACGGGCACAGCCCGGCCCUGCCCGCCCGCCCCGACGUCAUCUCCCUGGACUGA